GGCGCUCAGCAGUCGUGUGCCUCUCUGGACUGCUUUUCUCUGGCGGCAGGCGUGGGUGAUAGCGUGUGUUGGGAAUCUGGGGCGAUAGGAGGCCGCGAGGCGAGGUUGUUUGGCCGAGGCCGGGCCGUCUCUUAAGGUUUUCGGGGAGGGAAGAGGCCGGAUGAGAGCACAAGUUUGAGGCCGGAAGCUUGAGAUAAUUUCUUUAGUCCUCAUUUGGCCCUUGGGAGGUGGGCACUGUCCUCGUAGUUGAGGCUUCUGUUGAUGAUCGACCACUGGUACUCGCCGCCUGCAGGGGAGUGUCAGUAAUUCUGAAUCAUAAGACUAUUGGUCUUUUCUGUCUUGUUGGUUUCUUAUCGCAGGAAAACCUGCCAUUCUUGAGUUUUUGCAUCGUUUCCUAGCUUGAAUACCCAUUCUCUUAGCAGAUCAUGUUUGCCUUAUCUCAGAAAUGUUUCAGCUCUUUCCAGUUUUCUCCAUAUCCAUUGCAAUCACCUUAAUUCAGACCAUCUUUUGCCUAGACCACCGCAUUAGCUCCCAGCUGGUCUCCUUGCUUCCAUGUUUGUGCCUCUCUAAAUUGAUCUGUUUAAAAUGUAAGUUGGUCACGCCUUCCUUGCUAAAAACCCUUUCCAAGAAUACGGAUUGUUGUAAUGGUUUAAAAAGACCUUACCUGAUUUGGACCUUGCCUAAUCUUGCAAUCUCAUCUUGCAACAAAACCCACUCCCUUGCCCAACACACAGCUGCCGUGCGGCUCCUGGUGUUAUUUCAGUUACUGAACAUCUUCCUACGUGAGGGUUUCCCUUUGUCGGAAUUGCUCUUACCACCAGUCUGAGCAAGGGAAUUCCCCCUCUGCUUAAAUGUUACCUGAGAGAGAUCUUUCCUAACUAUCCUACAUAAUUUUCUUUCUCCUAUUUAUGUCUCAGCCUCUUGUUAUCUUCAUAGCACUAAUCAAAAUGUGGGACUAUUUUGCUUAUUUUCAUUUCUCUUUCUCCUUGAGCAAAGGGAACUUGACUUUUUCAUCAUUCUGUUCAUAGCUUCUAGCACAGUACCUGCCAGACACAGUGUGCACUGAAUAAAUGUGUAGUAUAAUUGAGUAAAUCUCAGACUUUGAUGGACCUGGGGCUCUGGCCAGAGAGCAGCUUCCUUCUCUUUUCUAAACUUGACUCUUAAUAGCUUGCUGCUGGGAGCAGUGGUGAGUUGUAUUAAACUUUUUACCUAUGUAAAUGUGUAAAGUACAUAGCACUUUGGCUCUAAUUUAGCUUAUGACGUGUAAUUUGUAGCUAGAUGUGUAAUUGCACUCUUUCUUUUCAGGAGGUGCAGAAACAUUCUGUGCACACACUUGUGUUCAGGUCAUUGAAGAGGACCCAUGACAUGUUUGUAGCUGAUAAUGGAAAACCCGUGCCUUUGGAUGAAGAGAGUCACAAACGAAAAAUGGCAGUCAAGCUUCGUAAUGAGUAUGGUCCUGUGUUGCAUAUGCCUACUUUAAAAGAAAAUUUUAAAGAGAAGGGCCUUCAGAAUUCAUCAGAUUCAUAUGGUCACAAACAAUAUCCUGACAAUCAAGGGCAAGAAGUUGAAUACUUAGUGACGGGUACACAUCCAUACCCACCAGGACCUGGGGUUGCUUUGACAGCAGAUACUAAGAUUCAGCGAAUGCCAAGUGAAUCAGCUGCGCAAUCUUUAGCUGUGGCAUUACCUUCUCAGGCCAGGGUUGAUGCAAAUCGCACUGCCCCUGGUGGAAGUGAAUACCGACUUCCUGGGGCCUCUGACCGGUCACAGCCUCCAGUGAUGACUUCAGUUAUUAUGGAGGCUGGAAAUGCCAAGAACUCUGCACUGAUGGCCAAAAAAGCCCCUACGAUGCCAAAACCCCAGUGGCACCCACCUUGGAAACUGUACAGGGUCAUCAGUGGGCACCUCGGCUGGGUUCGCUGUAUUGCUGUGGAACCUGGAAAUCAGUGGUUUGUUACUGGAUCUGCCGACAGAACUAUAAAGAUCUGGGACUUGGCUAGUGGCAAAUUAAAACUGUCUUUGACGGGGCAUAUCAGUACAGUGCGUGGUGUGAUCGUAAGCACAAGGAGCCCAUACCUGUUCUCUUGUGGAGAAGACAAACAAGUAAAAUGCUGGGAUCUUGAAUAUAAUAAGGUUAUAAGACACUAUCAUGGACAUCUAAGUGCCGUCUAUGGUUUGGAUUUGCAUCCAACAAUAGAUGUGCUGGUAACCUGUAGUCGAGAUUCAACUGCACGGAUUUGGGACGUAAGAACUAAAGCCAGUGUGCACACUUUAUCUGGACAUACAAAUGCAGUUGCUACAGUGAGAUGUCAAGCUGCAGAACCACAGAUUAUUACUGGAAGCCACGACACUACAAUACGAUUAUGGGACUUGGUGGCUGGAAAAACAAGAGUCACACUAACAAAUCACAAAAAAUCAGUCAGGGCUGUGGUUUUACAUCCAAGACAUUACACAUUUGCAUCGGGUUCUCCAGAUAACAUAAAACAGUGGAAAUUCCCUGAUGGAAGUUUCAUUCAAAAUCUUUCUGGUCAUAAUGCUAUUAUUAACACAUUGACGGUGAAUUCUGAUGGAGUGCUGGUAUCUGGAGCUGAUAAUGGCACUAUGCAUCUUUGGGACUGGAGAACUGGCUAUAAUUUCCAGAGAGUUCAUGCAGCUGUGCAGCCUGGGUCUUUGGAUAGUGAAUCAGGAAUAUUUGCUUGCGCUUUUGAUCAGUCUGAAAGUCGAUUACUAACAGCUGAGGCUGACAAAACCAUUAAAGUGUACAGAGAGGAUGAUACAGCGACAGAAGAAACUCAUCCAGUCAGCUGGAAACCAGAAAUUAUCAAGAGAAAGAGAUUUUAAUGUAGCAUUGUCUUCACGGUGGUUCCGCCUUUUCCCCCCUUACCUUGGCUUGGAUGAGGAUACCCAGUCACUGUGUGCUCUGACUGGGAGUAUAAAGCAGAGACUUACUUGCUCAAAUCAUUGCCGGGUCAUCACAUGUUACAAUAAAUUGCUCCCUGCCCUCCCCCUCCCCCAGUGUUUUUAUUUCUGAAAUAAACCAUUUUUGAUCCUAGGAAGUAAGGUGCAGAUAUCACGCAUAUGCACGUCCAUUGAACAGAACUAUUCUAAAGAUAAAAAGAUUUUUUCAGUUUUGUUAGGAGACUUUUUUUUUAAUUUACAAAACUGAUUAUUAUCAUAGGACAUGUUUUGAGGGGAGCAGAAGUUUAAAAAAAGUUUUUUGAACUGAUAUCUGUGUGGUAAUUUGGGAUUUGAAGAUUUGAAAUCUUAAGUAUGUUUAUUCCAGAAAUAGUUCUUGAGUGCAUGUUCUGCCAAGUUCUGCACUAGAUCCUGUUGAGAAAUAGAUAACGCCUGUCCUCCAAGAUAACCAGUUCGGUAGCUUGUUGUAGACAUGCUGUAACAGAGGUGCGAGUGAAAUCCUGGGGGAGCACAGAAGCAAAAACAAUGAGUUUUUUAUGGGCAGGACUGUGGAGGACUUCACAGGGUAGGUGGCCUUUGAGAUGAGCCUUGCAGUGAAGGAGGGCCGAGAAAGAAAUGAUUAUUCGAAGAUGUGGCAUAAAGGAAUGAAACCAGAGAUGGCAGAGUGUGUUGUGGUGUGUUGUAGAAGCAAAGAGUUGUCUACUCUAGUUGAGUAAUGGAGAAUAAAGCUGACUAGUGGAGGGAAAAAUUUCAGAUUUUGAAUUUUGACUUUAUUCCACAAACAGGAUAUUAAUGUAGGUGUUGAAACUUAGGGAAAAUAACUCUGGAGAUAACGUUGGAGGCAUUUGAAUAUGUAGCAAGGGCUGGACUCUCGUGGAGAUUUUAUAGAAAAGUGUUAUUUAAAUUUCUAAUACUUAUUCUCCAAAUAAAUACUUUAUGCUUGGAAUCCUGAUUCUGCAUCACUCAAGAUUUUCUCACACCUCAUUUUCUGUAGUUAAACAGUUACAAGAGCAGUUUUGAAACUUUCAAAAUUAAGUUGUGCCAUGAUUUUGAAUAAGCAUUUUCAAAUUAUACAUAGCCUAUCUUUCAUGCUGUAGGUGGUAAUAUAUAAUUGUUACAAGUCUUAGCAGUGUAGUUUUAUGGGGUUUAUUGAAAAUGCUCAAGCCUUAGGAGACAGACUUCUAGGUAACUGCCCACUGGGAACAAUCUGGUAAGAGAACACAGAAAGUUCAUUGCACCUUUGUGCUUAAAUAAUUGCAAGUAACCCAAAUGUCCCAUCAACAGAGAUUGGUUUAAUAGAUUAUAGUACCUGCAUACAAUUUAUUUCUGUGUAUUGGUUAAGAGGGUGAGGAGUGUCUGGACUAUUAUGCUUAAUUGUCCAAACUUUACUAUUAUGUAAAAAAAUAGUUGUUCAAGCAUUUUUGUAAAGUAACUUGUUAAUGCUCUAAAAAUACUGGAGAAAUAACGUCAUAUCGUUAUCAGUGGUUUUGUGAGGAAGUGACGUGGAAGAACUUUCAUGAUCUGCUUUAUAUAUUUCUAUAAUGUUUUAAUUUUCUAUAAGCAUGUAUUUUGUAA